UCUAGAGACCGCACCAUACUAUGCCUGGCAGCCCAAAUCGCCCCUCUGAGGCUCUGGCCAGGGCCUUGUCGCAUUUGACUAAGGAUACCGCUGUUGGUAGACAAGCUCAUUGUCAUUGCCAUCACCAUCACUACCAGGAGCAUCAGGAUCACGAAUGGUUCCUGCAAAUAGAUACAUGGGGCCAGCUCGAACUUCUCCGCCAGCUCCUGUGUCGACGGAGCCCAGAGAUUGAACUCACUGAAGGGCAGCUGCAAGAUAUCGAUAUAGUCCUCUCGUACAAACACAGCCACGCACUAUUUACCCCUUCAGAAUCUCUCCAUCCGCGACUCGUGGUCAACAAAUCAAGGAUAUCCGUGUGGAAGGGCGAUAUUACCACCCUAUCUAAUGUGACGGCUAUUGUCAAUGCCGCAAACUCGGCGCUGCUCGGGUGCUUCCAGCCGUCGCACCGGUGUAUUGAUAAUGUUAUCCAUUCUGCUGCUGGGCCUCGUCUAAGACAGGCAUGUUUCGAGUUGAUGAUGGAGCAGGGCCAUGAUGAACCGGUGGGAUGCGCAAAAGUAACACCUGGGUUCAAGUUGCAAGCUCCGUAUGUCAUCCAUACGGUUGGGCCUGACCUUGGACACGGACAAUUGCCCGAUCGCAGGCACAGGGAGCAGCUGCGUGACUGCUAUGUAUCUUGCCUUGAGGCCAUGGAAACUGUCCCUGCGCUACCAGACGGGCGCAAGGUCAUCGCGUUCUGCUGCAUCUCGACGGGCCUUUUCGCGUUCCCGUCUGAUAUAGCGGCUCAGAUCGCCAUUGACACUGUGUUAAGUUGGUGUUUGGAGCAUCCAACGACAACCGUCACUGACAUUAUCUUCGACACUUUCCUUCAACGGGACUUUAAUCUAUACAACGACAAGAUCUCUACCCUUGUUUCCAGUAGCAACGACUGCGUGCAUAUAGCGCCCAUUCCUCCACAGCCAGCACCAGUUGCCUCCCCAUCAAUAAAGACGGCCCGCUCCUGGCUCGAGCAAGCAGACUACCUCAUCAUCAGUGCUGGUGCCGGUCUCUCCGCCGCAACAGGGCUGGACUAUACUUCUACGGACUUGUUCGCCAACUAUUUUCCCGCAUUCCUGCCGCUCGGUCUGAGGAGAUUGUACGACGUCUUCGGCUUCAGCGGGUGGAAAUCCCCCGCUCAAAAAUGGGGGUACUAUUUUCAUCAUUUGAAUAUGGUUAAGACGUGGCCAAAGUCCCCAUUAUACGCUUCUUUGCUAGAGAUAACAUCACGGUUUGGCCCUCGGUGUUUCGUUCGGACUUCGAACGCGGAUGGAUUAUUUCUUGCCAAUGGCUUCCAUCCGUCUCGCAUCUCCACGCCCCAGGGGCAAUAUGCCUAUUUGCAAUGUUUUGCCAAAUGUAAACGCGAAGCUGUCUUUCCGUCCGCGCCGUUCUUGACUGCGGCCCUUCCAUUUUUGGAUUCGCAGACGCAACUACUCACGGAUGAGUCCAAGAUCCCCAGGUGCAGGUACUGCAGUGGGGAGCUUACACUCUGUGUCCGCGGCGGAGAUUACUUCAAUGACUCUCCCUUUCAAGGUCAAGAGCGGGAGUAUGCCCGCUUUUUGGAGCACGUAUCCUCUGAAAUAGAGCAAGGGAGGAGUGCAGUCAUACUCGAAUUAGGCGUUGGAAUGAACACUCCCUCUGUACUACGGUGGCACAACGAAGAGCUAGUCGAAGAAUCGAAUGGCGGGUCAAGGCUAAUUAGAGCAGGGUUUGAUGCGGCAGGGUGUGUGCCUUGGAGGCUAGCGGAGGAGGGCGUUGCAGUAGGAGUUGCCGGGGAAUUGAAUGCCGUUGUUGACCUACUGAGAGGACCUGUUACAUGCAACUGAAUUCAGAAU